AUGGAUGACCAAGCUAUCGCAUCUGGAGCGGUCAGUGACCUCGAUACACGCGUCGCACCACUUAACAUUCCAACAACGUCUUCAUCCACAACUUCUGAAAACAAAUCAGCCGGCGAAGAACAAGCUCUCGAAUCACAUGAAGUAAUUGAAUUGCAGACAUUUAGUGAUAGGAAGGCUUGGAUUGAGGACAAAAUCAAGUUUCUCGAGUCAUUGCCGCCAAUCGAUGUUUUCGCUGGUCUAGAGGCAUUGAAGUCUUCUUCUGAAGAUAUUCCUGGGCUUCCUACGCGACUUGAAUUACAGAGAUGGGUCACAGAACACGAUGCUAUUGAGAAAGAAACCGAAAUUUUUGACACUGGGGAACUAACAAAGCUGAGACAAUUAACGAAAGCUGCGACGCAAAGAAACCUCUCCCCAGAAGACACUGACGUGAUUGAACUGACACUGACGACUAUAUACGGACUUGACAAAUUGUUGCAUCUUCUACGGGACCGCUCUGAAAAUUUGGAAAUGAUGGCGAUCAGAUUAACCUGGGAAGAGAGUAGGCAGCAAUCUUGGAAAGAAAGGCGGCAAAUUAUUCAGGACCUGGAGACCUUUUCCACAAGCCGAGCGCGUUGGAAUCCGUCAAUAUACGACACCAGUACGAAAAUGGAGGAGGCCCCAACUCUUUCACGCCGCGCUUCAAAUGCAUCCCUUGCGUCCGUCGGUUCGGACAAUACUGCAAAUUCUCGUGCCUUUUCUAGAACUGCGCGCUUCAAACUAGCAGAAAUGUUAUCACGAGAUGCGGCCCAGUUUUCUGGAAGGGUUACAGGACUUAAACAUGGGAAGGUUGCUGCUGCGGGAAAAGCAUUAGACAAAUUAAUUGACCACAGCAGAAAGCCUGUCCCUGACGAACUUCUUGACGAACAAGAUCGGUUGGAGGAAAAGUGCAUCAAUGAGAUGGAGAAUAUCAGUAAGUUCACGAUGAACCUGGUCAUGCAAUGGCGCAAGGCGGAUGAGGUAUACGUUGAAACCAUGAAGGAUCAUACUGCAGCUUCCAAUCUGCUUGAAGAGAUUGAAAUAGCGAAGUUACAUCACCCGACUGCUCGUCAAAGUGCAUCAUUUGUUUCCCGCAUCGAUACCAUAUUGAAGAGGUUGGCUGUUCGUGGAGAUCCAUCAGCAGCAGCCAGUUCAUUCCCUCAUCCAGAACACCCCCUUCUCCCUGACCAAAAGGCCGCCAAUGAGGCCUUGGUCAGAACGUUGUCAAACGAAAUCGACAAAGCAAAUCAAUUGGCCAAAAAAGUUGAUGGUAUUGCUAGAGAUUUUCGUACAGCGUAUGAAGCGGUUAAACGCGCCGAGGCGUUAGUUACGGGCGCUGAAGAACUGUCCUCUACCCUUUCUUCCUUCAUCACCAAGCUCGAGGAAGGUAUUUCAACUGAUGAAGGAGACGGUUCCUCCCCCGACCUUUCUACCGACCGUUGCUUGGAUCCUACCAGGCAUUCUGUGUUUUUGGCCUUCCUCCCAUCUCUUCUGGAAUCCACUCAACGAACUAUAGAGGAAGUCCGGGACACCUUAAACAUGGCUCCAUCUGUUCUGAUAGGACUGGAACUUCCUGGUAUUGAUCCCAAGUUCAAAGAAAAUGCUGCUGUCACCGUUGGUAAUCUUGCUUUAAUCCGAGACAAAGCAUCGUCCGUUCGUGAUUCCAUUGUCCACACUGUUGCCAGAUUACGGGAAUGCAGGAAAAUAUCAGCCUCUAUCAAUUCGAAAGCGACCAUGGUGAAGGCUUUAAAAUCACAGAUCUUGGAUUACAUACAACAAGAGCGUUGGCAGCAAGAGUCUGGUAACAUGGAUCCACCUCCUACUCCGGAGGGUUCAACUCCUUCCCCUUUCAAUACCAUCGGUUUAAAUUUUGAUGACAGUUUUCUCCAGAUAGAAUCUCAAUUAAAACUCGAAAUCACUGAUCCGCUGGAUGCUCUGUCUGCGAAUUUGCAACCUCAGUUGCUAUCGUGCCUGAAGGAAAUGGAAAACCGACUUCAAGAAUCUUUGCAAAAGGGAAAUCGCUUUUUGCGUGUACUCUAUGCCAUUAGGGAACAAGCUGCUGCCAUGAAAUCAACUCGAGAUCAAUUUUAUCAAAUCCUAUCACGAAUUGAAGACUGUAAGGCUCAAAUACAAGAAUCUAUUGGAAUCACCAUGGGAACAACGGUGGAUGACUCUCCGAUGGCAGAGCAGAAGAUUAUCGACAUCGAAGUCUUCGAAGAGGAUGUUACAGGGUUUGUGAACAGUCUCACCCAUCGCAUUCCCUUUGUUUCUCAGCAUACUAUACACCGGAAAACUGCGGUUAAUCCUACAUCUCCAUCUUACAUGUCAACAACGUACUCUGCUUCGGAUGUCUUGGAUGACUUUGCUAUUGAUAUUGUUUCUGUGGAUGCCGGCGUUCGAGCGGAUUCGAAUACAUAUGCAAUGCGGCUCUGCGGCGAACUGGAUACUCUCAAAAAAGCACGAAAGCACCUCAACUUGGCCAUGAAAGCAAAACUAGUUGAUCGAGCCUUAAAGUGUGCCAACGACGACAUUGACACCAUUACAGACGAAUUGGCUUUGCAAAACUCAUUACUUUCCAGUAUACCUCGGAAUAGUGUCGAAAGCAUAGAACAGCUCAUUUCACUAUCCGACACACUGGGUACAUUGGGUAACAAGAGUAUUAGCAUUGGCAAAUCAUUUACACCAACUCGCGUGGUCCUUCGAGAAAUGGAUGAACUUUCUGAUGUUCUAGAUUCUUCCACAAGGCAAUCACUAUUCAAAUCUCGGAAUGAUGCCGCCAAUAAUGUGGAACUCAGGCUCAAGAAUUGGGACCAAGGAUUUGCAGCCUUAAAAGAUUCUGUGCUGACCGCUCUCGCAAGGGAACGGCAGCAUCAGGAAGAACUAAAGGCUGCAGAGGAACGUCGACAGAAGGCUGAAGCAGAACGCAGGGCUGCUGAGGAACAAGAACGUCUUCGCUUAGAGGAGGAGGCAAAAAUUGCCGCAGAGCAACGUCGUAUAUUGGAAGAAAAGCUUGUAGAGGAACAACGCAUUGAGUUGGAGCGUCAGCGCAAAGCAUUAGAACGUGUGGAAUGCGAGCGUCUCGCACAAGAGGCGGCGGCUGCAGAACAAUUAGCCCUCGAGAAGCUCGAGAAACAGGCAACGGCCACUCAUGCCCAGGAACUAAAGGACAAACUACAAAAAGAAGAAGCCGAAAGGGCAAAGCUUGAGCGAGAGCGAAUAGAGAUGUUGGCGAAGAUACAUGAGGCCGAAUUGCAGCUUGAGAACGAGCGUCGCUUGCACGCCGAACGUGAGGCAGCGGCCGUGGAGCUGGAAAAGGAGCGUCAGUUACAAAUGGAACUUCAACGUAAAGAAGACGAAGCACAAAGACUUGCUCAGGAGCAGAAAAGUCGGGCUCAAGUGGAGGAGCUUGUGAAGCAACAAAAAUUACAAUUGGAACAGUUAGCCCAAGAACAAGCUCAAAUGUUGGAAAUAGAAAGGCUGGAACGGCAUCAGGAGGUCGAGGCUCAUCGUAUUAACGAAGAAAAAAGUCGGAGAAUGAAAGAAGAGAUUGAAAAGCAACAAGAAACCGAGCGACAACAUAUCGAGGACGAGAAGUCACUCCAAAUUGAAAGUAUUCGGGCAGAGGCAAAGAGGUUAGCUGAAGAACAAACGCGGAGGAACGAAGCAGAGUUACUUGAGAGGCAACAUCAACUUGAGAAGAAGAGAGUAGAUGAGGAACGCGCCGCGCAAGCCAAGAUAAAAGAGCUUGUCGAAUCCGAGGCUUUGAGAGCUGCGGAAGAGCUGGCGCACCGAGCAACGCUCGAAGACCUGACAAAGCAACGCGAAGCUGAGAAGCAAAGGCUAGUUGAUGAACUCGCAAAAUCGGAAACUGCCAGAGCUCUUGCAGAACAGGCGCUUCAAAUGCAAUUAGAACAAGCAGCAAAAGAAUUUCGGGCAGCGGAGAGCUCCAACAAAAUUGACGAAGCGGACGUGUUUGGGAAUCAGGCAACACCGAACCCAUCAAACCUUCCACGCUCAAAAGAAUUGGCCAGACUUCAAUCUCAACUUGUUGCACUCCGUAAACGCUUGCGCUCAAUUGGGCUCAACGAAGCUAGUCGACCUUCGAAAUCAUCAUCAACAUUGCCCACUGAUGAAGUGUACAAUAAAAUGCAGCGCGACCUGUCCUCACUAUCUUCUGACUUUAAAACGUUCCCUUCUGACAUCAAUGAUGGUACAUUUAACACGGAUUUCAAUCUUCUGAAAGCUGAACUAGAAGAAGCUUUCGUCUCCCUCCAGGACAUAGGAAAACUCGCCCGUGUUCACAAUUCUGUUCAAGCAUGCGACGCCGCCUUGAGCGAUCUUUUAGAACACAUUGAUAGUUUCCCUGCAGCACCACUAGGCGUGCUAUCUUCCUCUCAUCGAAGUGUUCCGACGGCAGCUCCAGCAGAACAACUCUUAUCACGUCUUAAUUUCACUCGUAAAAUCGUUGAUGAUCUUGUCGCAAAGUCUGAAAGUGUCAUUGACGACCAUCGAGUAAGAUCGGAGCAUUCUCGAAUCCAACAAACUUGGGCCGAACUUGAGGAAAUGGCUAAUGACCGAAUUAGUGGAAACAGAUCCCGCCCUAGCAGUACGAUUAGUAGAAACAGUUCUAGGGCCGGACGAAACAGCAAUGCAUCAAUGCCAGCUCCGUCUCUUCCGACACAAAGUCGUUCAACAAGAAAGAAAGAUUCGUACUCAAACUUAUCAGUAUCCUCUGUUUCCAUGCCGUCAAAGGGAAAGAUGCUUGCUCCUCCCGUUCCACAAACAAAGACACGUCGAGUAACGUCUGGAUCAAAUGAUUUGACAGCUAGCCGCUCAACAAGCCGGCUGUCAAGUAUAUCUUCGAAUCGUUCAGUGUCAGGACCACUGAACUCAUCUUUAUACGGUUCAACAUUUGCCUCCAGACAGCGCACUGCUAGUCUUUCGAGCACUGUUACAACGCCAACUCGGACCCCAUCUCUUUCUUCGCGCAGUCGUAUGGCGAGCGAAUCAAAGACAAUACGAAGCCAUUCUCCUGCUCUUUCAGAAAUCUCAAAUCACUCACAGUCACACUCUCGCUCUUCUUUGGGCCCUUCCCGUUCUACUGCCAAUCCUUCUACCUGGUCGCGGGCACCCAGAGAUUCUUUUUCUUCAAUAAUUUCACGCCCACGUACAGUAACACCAGUCAAAAGACCUGAUGCGGCAACAAGAAAAAAGUACGUGGCUGAUCCGAAAAGUAAAUUGGACAUGGCUGUAGGGGAUGUUGUCAACCAACUUCCAGUGGGCAUCAACGUCGAAGGCAUCACGGAGAGUUGGCGAGAUCAAAGUGGAAAAUACUGGAUUGGUAACCAGGACCCGAAGUUAUGUUUUUGUCGUAUUCUGCGUUCCCAAACCGUCAUGACUAAUGAUAGCACCGGACUCGCCUCGAAUAGGACCACAGGACAAGUGGAUCAGUUCUACUUCGUUGAUGGAGUCAAUGUCACUGAAACCUUUAUCGCCACCACCUCUUUCACCUCCACGCGCCCCUCACACUCCCGAGCCAUCUUUUUCUUUCGUCCCAUCGUUUUCACUUAUGACGCCCAGUGGUCACAGUCCACAGUCGCUAAAGUCGUCUCCCUCCGCAAGAGGGGGUUCUCCUCUGGCGCCAUUGCAGUACAUCAGAAAAGCGGAGCCAGAGAAUCACUCCACCAACCUGCUCCGGCCAGUGACACCGUCAAAACCACCUCAGCGGGGUAG